AACGAGUCUCUACGUCAAAGUCACGCGAUAUCCUCCUUCAUUGCUGUAGUAAWGACAAACCAAUCAAAACAACUCUUCUUCGACGGAGCAAGAUUCGUAUAAAAAUACAGAGAUAAAAGUCGGAAUCUCAUUGACACAGGAAUGUCACUGUAUACGGUAAGAUUUUCGCCUGGAGUARGUAGCCUCGGAGCACGACUUCGAUGUCUUAAUCAGUGUUUAGGACCUGCAAGCAAAGWGCCCAAAUCCUUCUCCAUAUCGACAUAUUCUUCUACCCAUGAUUACAUCAUCUGUGGUGCUGGUUCAGCGGGAUGUGUUUUAGCCAAUCGUCUGUCAGCUGAUCCCAGCAAUAGCGUUCUAUUGSUGGAGGCAGGGCCAAACGAUGCAUUUGUUAUACCAGUCCAGAUGCCUUCUGCUCUUCCUGUGUUAUUAUCCACUUCAACUUACAAUUGGUAUUACAACACAGUUCCUCAGAAACAUCUGAAUAACAGAAUAAUGUAUUGUCCUAGGGGYAGGGUGUUAGGAGGUACAUCGUCCAUCAAUGGAAUGGUGUACAACAGAGGGCAUGCGUAUGACUAUGACAGAUGGGAACGUGAAGGAGCCAAAGGCUGGUCUUAUGCUGACUGUCUGCCAUACUUUAAAAAGGCACAGAAACAUGAACUAGACGACAUGAAUGGCUACCAACAGGAAGGAAUCGGAAAGUUUGACAUGACAAUUUACAAAGGUCAGAGAUGGAAUACAUCCAAUGCAUACAUCAGACCAGUUCAAAGGAAACGAAAAGAUCGUUUGCAAACAGAAACAGGAGCGUUUGUGACAAGAAUUCUCUUCGAAGGCAACAGAGCUGUUGGAGUCGAGUACGAAAAAAAUAAGCAGAUAAAAAGAGUGAAAGCAAACAAAGAAGUAAUUCUGUCGGGAGGAGCAAUCAACUCGCCACAGGUUUUGAUGCUCUCUGGGAUUGGUGAUGGCGAUGAARUAAAAAAGCUUGGGAUUCCUGUGGUUUGUCACUUACCAGGGGUGGGACAAAACCUACAGGAUCAUCUUAAUUUCAACUUUCAACAGGCUUGUACAAAACCAGUGUCAAUAUACUUAAAAAAUAUKUUGAUGGGAAUGCUCUCCACUGGAAUAAAAUGGCUCUUUGCAAGAAAAGGAAUUGGAAUUAGUUCUCACAUUGAAGUUGGAGGCUUUAUUAGGAGUAAGGAAGGUGUCCCUCAUCCAGAUAUCAUGUUGACUUUUAUACCAGCUCUUUCUUAUGAUCAUGGCAGAGUUCSAUCAACCCAGCACGGUUUUGAGCUUCAUGUUGGAUCAUUACGAUCUCAAAGCAAAGGUUCACUGACAUUAAAAUCAACCAACCCACGUGACCAUCCAAACAUUGACUUCAACUAUAUGGCAACCGAAGAAGACUGGGAAGAGAUGCGCGCAUGUCUCCGACUAAGCAGGGAGWUAUUUGCUCAAAAGGCGUUCGAUGAAUUCAGAGGAGAAGAACUCAGCCCUGGUAAAGAAAUACAGACUGAUAAACAAAUCGACGAAUUCAUCCGAGAUAAAGCAGAAACGAUCUAUCAUCCCACAAGCACUUGCAUGAUGGGCGACUCUUCUAACAAAAUGGCUGUGGUCGACAAUGAAACGCGCGUAUUUGGUGUUGAAGGACUUCGUGUGGUAGACGCGUCUAUCAUGCCUAGUAUGGUAAGCGGUAAUACCAAUGCGCCCACGAUCAUGAUCGCAGAGAAAGCGGCUGACCAUAUCCUAGGCAAGAAAAUGUUACCCAAGUUAAAUGUUGAUGUUUACAAGACGCCUGAGAAAGGGCAACGAUAG